AAAGAGACAAGAAAUCUACAAUCUGCACUCAGUGUGGAAAGAGUUUCUCAACCAAACAACAUCUUGAUGUUCACAUGAGAGUUCAUACAGGAGAAAAGCCGUUCACAUGUGAUCAGUGUGGGAAGAGAUUCACACAAAAAGGACAAAUUAAGGAACACAUGAGAGUUCACACUGGAGAGAAAUCACACAUAUGUGAUCAGUGUGGGAAGAGUUUCACAACAAAACAAAGUCUUGAGAUUCACAGUGCAAUUCAUACCGGAGAGAAGAAAUUUGCAUGUAAUGAAUGCGGCAAAACAUUUCUCUGGGCAUCAAAUCUGAAGAAACAUCUGACAGUUCAUACAAAGGAGAAGCCACAUUCAUGUUCUGUGUGUGGAAAGAGUUUUUCACGGCUGUAUUAUUUACAAGAACAUCAGAAAAUACACACUGGUGUGAGAGAGUACAUGUGCUUUGAGUGUGAGAAGACGUUUACUGCAGCAAACAGUUUAAAACAUCACCAGAGAAUUCACAAUGGAGAAAAACCUUUCAAGUGUUCACAGUGUGACAAGAGAUUCAUUCAGUCAUCAUCUCUGAAAACACAUGAGAAGAUCCACACUGGAGAAAAACCUUACAAGUGUUCACACUGUGACAAGAGAUUUAAUCAGUCAGGAACACUGAAAACACAUGAGAUCAUCCACACUGGAGAAAAACCUUUCAAGUGUUCACAGUGUGACAAGAGAUUCAAUCUGUCAUCAUCUCUGAAAACACACGAGAUCAUCCACACUGGAGAAAAACCUUACAAGUGUUCACAGUGUGACAAGAGAUUCAAUAAGUCAUCAUCUCUGAAAAGACAUGAGAGGAUCCACAGCAGAGAGAAACCGCACACGUGUGAUCAGUGUGGAAAGAGUUUCACUUUUAAAAGUAACCUGAAGGUACACAUGAAGAUCCAUGCAGUGGAGAAACCACAUCACCACAGUCUGAAAUCCAAUAAGUAGUUCAUCUUUAUGUGCUGAGAAACAAAGUAGUUUCCUUAAAGCCACAAUAAGCGGCAAGACGGUUUGGUGGUUGAUUAGUGUCUGCUUGGAAAAUCUGAAUCUUCUCCUGAACUUCUGAACUUCAGGACCAGCUGCUUUUUCAUUCAGAUCUGGAUCCAGUAGAUCUGGAGAAAUAAACACAUGCACCUGCUUUUCUCCCAUCUGUGUUUUACCAUCACACACUUCAGACUCGUGCUCUUUAAACCUGGUAUCUCCCAGUAUAGUGUUUCCAGAUAAGCUUUUCACAGAACCAUUUCUGUCCAUUAGAAGAUUACAGAUCACAGGAUUAUCUGGACAGGAGUUGGUAUCUGAAAAGUCUGAAAUAAAAACAUGGAAUAUGUGAUUUAAGUUAAUGUCAUUCUUCUCACUGGAGGUCAAGAGUAAGAAAAGAAAAUGUUUCACAAACAAACAUAAAAUAUUGUUUUAAGUGUGUAAAUGAGUCUUAAAGCAGAAGCAUGUGAACCUUGUAUCCACUAGAACAAACAACUGCAAUCAUUAUAAAAAAACUAUUAAGGUACAAGUGAUCAAUCCGAUCAGCUAAUCUAAACAAUGAUCAAUCAAUAUCGGAAUGAAAUGUUUUGAUGUUUGACCUGAGAGCCUGUUCACAUUAAAACUGGAUUGAGUCUGAA